AUGAUUUACGUGGUCCAGAUUAUUGGCAAGAAGGAGAUGAAGCGGGAGAUGAUUGAGCGGUUGAUGAUGGAGUGGAUUGAAGAACAAGCGGAGAAGUUCCGUCACUCACGAGGGUCAACAGUCGAGAUUGCCCACCAGCUGCAGUGUCCAGCGUACCACAGUAAAACUGUGGAUCGCCGCGGGGUGUUAGCAUCAUUCUGCCAGCAGAAGCAAGGGGUGAUGGUGGCCACCAGCGCAUUGGGAAUGGGGAUCGACAUCCCCGAUAUCCAGAUGGUCGUCCACGUUGGACCAACCCGGACGCUGUUGGAUUAUGGACAAGAGAGUGGGCGCGCUGGACGAGAUGGACGGCCUAGUCUGGCGGUCAUGUUGAUCGAUGGCAGUGGACAGGGUGUGGGAUAUCCCGAAGUCGUGGAUGAGCGAGUGCGUCAGUACAUCGACGGUAGAUGUCGGCGACGGACAUUGGAUCGAUACUUGGACGGGAUGGUGGAUGGGUAUGAAUGGGAGCAGUGUGAGGAAGGGGAGGCCCCAUGCGAUCAGUGUCGUGGCGCCACACCGGUGUCAAAGGUCGACGUUGAUGGCGAGGAAGAGGAUCCUAGUGAUCUGGAGGGGAUGGAGGAGGCAGAUGAUAAUCACAAGGAUAAUAAGAGGCAGCACCGGCCACCACAAGGACACAAGCGCUGGGCGGGACAAUGCCGGAUCUGUGAGUUGGAACACCAGCCCAACAAUCAUUCCAUUGAUGAGUGUUCCCAUCCCCACGCCCACAAGGCACAGCAGUGGGCGCAGGUGAUCACUGCACGAAUUACCAGCCAGUCACGGGGAAAGGGACGCAGUGGGUACGAGCCAUACGCAGCAUGUUUCCACUGUCAUUCCCCCCAGUGGAUUUGCCAGCGCUGGGAGAGUAAUGGAUCUGGAGGUUAUCAGAGUACGCAGAAGCCAUGUCAGUAUGAAUUCAUUGCCGUCCAGGUGAUGGCCCAGCUGCUGCAUGGACGAUUCCAAUCCGUGAUCCAAGCCGCGUGGGGUCGACGUUUGGCCCAGUUAUCACCCCCCAUCGAGAUGCAGGAUAUGGCGCGGUUGGUUGGAUAUUUCCAGCGGCGGUUUGGUGAUCGAGGCGAGGAGCGAAGUGGAUUGGUGGUGGAGAUGAAUUGGAUGUGUGAAUUUGUGGAGCAAGAAUUGCAGAGAGAUGAUGAUCGAUGUAGCGAGUAG